ACUUGUACGCUUUUAAAAUCAGUAGUUUUACUUAAAAAUUGAGAAAAUUUAGUGGAAAAAAUAGUAACAAAACUGGUUUAACUUUUAUUCGGUUAAUGCCACAUCCCAACGUGAAUAAGAAAAACUGAACUUUAAUCAUACACUUGACAUUCAAUGCAAGGUCAACUCUUAAUUUAUCAAGUUGCUAAAAUUUAAAUUUAUUCAAAUAUAUUUGUCAUUUUUGUCAUAGUAUUUUACAAGCUAUUGACAAACAUAUUUUUUUUGAAUCGCAUAUUAUUUUUUAUUGAAUCACCUCUAUUAGAAAGGGGCUGAAAUUCAUGUGAGUUCAGUUUGACCUUCCGAGGAAGUCACCUUGAAGAAUCACGCGCAGAGAGGUUAAAAUCCGGUCCAAUGUUUAUAAAAGAACUUCACUGGUCUUGAACCUCAGUUGAAAUCUUAAUUUCACUUAUAAGAGUUGUUCAUAUUUUUUCAAGGAAAUAGUUUUACAAUGUUGAAAUUAUAUUUCAUACUUGGAGUUUUUAUCAUUUUCGCCGACUGUGCGUCAGCUCAAACUUCUUUUAAAAGGGAACGUUUCAACGUGACAUUAAAUGAACUAACUGAACAGUGCUAUUAUAAUGGAGGAAGUUUCAUGUUUGAUCAGAUUUUAUUGAAUCUCAAGUUAUUUAGAAGUUAUCGAAACAGUCUGUUGGCGGAAUUAAAUGCCGUCAGUUUAGGAUCACCUGCCGAAGGAGAUCCCCAAUCAAUUUAUUGGCUUAAUCAAAUUUGUAUGGAAAGAUCAGAAAUGAAAGACGGAUUGCGCCAAUUGCUUCAAAGUGUUCAAAACUGUCUCAAUGUUGAAACUCGUUUGAGAAAAGAUGAAGAAGAAGUGAUUUUGGAGAACAUGUUGCUCGGCGUCUGCCUUCAAUUAGAAUUUGAAAGAGCAUUGUACACACAACCAGAAUGUUUAGAAGAAUCCAUGGCCUCGCUUUAUUCCCCAACUGAUGAAUGUUCUUUGGCUUAUCCAAAUUACCGCACAGUUUACACUCUGGAGCCGAUUCCAAUUACCUAUUCAAGAAAAGAAUGCAGUGACUUUAUCAAUGCUGGUGUUUGCAGAAUCGAUAGUCGAAUAAACUGUGACAACAACUUGAAAGUUAUAAUAAAACAUCGCUUUAACACGGCACUUGAAUUAAUAUAUUGUGACAAUUUAAAUCUCAUUAGGACUUGAUCAAAAUAUUUUUAUAGAAUUUUCACGUUCUCAAGAGGCAUUGAUUAAUAAAUUAAUUAAUUAUUACAA